GCAAACACUGAACCACAGAGAAGGCCUCUGAGGCAGUGCAAGCUGGGCGCACACUUUCGGCUGCAGGAAGGCGGCAGGGCCAGGGCUGAGGCCAUGUCCACCACCACGUGCCAAGUAGUGGGCUUCCUCCUGUCCAUGCUGGGUCUGGCCGGCUGCAUCGCUGCCACGGGGAUGGACAUGUGGAGCACCCAGGACCUAUAUGACAACCCCGUCACCUCCGUGUUCCAGUACGAAGGGCUCUGGAGAAGCUGUGUGAGGCAGAGCUCAGGGUUCACAGAGUGCCGGCCCUACUUCACCAUCCUGGGUCUUCCAGCCAUGCUGCAGGCAGUGCGAGCCCUAAUGAUCGUGGGAAUUGUGCUGGGUGCCAUCAGCACCUUAGUGUCCAUCUUUGCUCUGAAAUGCAUUCGCAUUGGAAGCAUGGAGGACUCUGCCAAGGCCAAAAUGACACUGACCUCCGGGAUCAUGUUCGUUAUCUCAGGUGUUUGUGCAAUUAUUGGCGUGUCUGUGUUUGCCAACAUGCUGGUUACUAAUUUCUGGAUGUCCACAGCUAACAUGUAUGGCAGCAUGGGUGGAAUGGUACAGACUGUUCAGACCAGGUACACCUUUGGUUCAGCUCUGUUCGUGGGCUGGAUUGCUGGAGGCCUCACACUAAUUGGAGGUGUGUUGAUGUGCAUUGCCUGCCGGGGUCUGGUACCUGAUCAAACCAACUACAAAGCCGUGUCUUAUCAUGCCUCAGGCCACAAUGUUUCCUACAGGCCUGGAGGCUUCAAAGCCAGCACUGCCUUUGGAUCUACCACCAAGGCCAAGAAGAUAUAUGACGGGGGUGCCCACACAGAAGAUGAGGCACAAUCUCACCCUUCCAAGUAUGACUAUGUGUAACGCUCCAAGACCCCUGACCAUAGGCAGAAGAAACUUCCUCAAAGAGAGCUCACCAAAAAAAAAGGAGAUUCUACCUUGACUUUUUAUUGCUUUUGACUCACAGUUGGAAGUUAUCAAAGCCUUGAUUUCAUCUGUAGUGAAGCCAGAUGGACUUGGCCACAUAUGUGUCAUUGUCUCUAAAUAUUCCAUUACAAAGCAACUGAGUUACCAUUCAUGAAUUAGAAGUUGUAUAGCUCCCAUUUUCUAACCCUCUAUUUCUUUUGAAAAAUAACUUUUAAAAUAUGCUGUAUAAUGUGGCUUGACUCCUGACACUGUGAUGAUUUAAUCAGAUUCUUCCUCCUCCUUCUAUUUAAUAAAUGCAUUGAUGAUCUAUUUCUCAGCUUAUACUGAAGGAAAUUUUUGAAAGGCAAGAGGGCAAGUAGAUUAAAAGACAUUAUUUUCUGCUAUUUUAUUUUUUUUCCUGUCUUCAUCUUCAACUUGACUACUAAUAAACACUAAUUGGAGUAGAAAUGAUAAAAGAAAGAUAUUUGUAAUCUCUCCAAUCCAUUAUCUGAGUUUUCUUACACUAGGAUCUUAAAAGUUACUGGACCAAAGUGAUUUUCAGUCUGAGGCAACCGAGCUUGUCUGCUUCUGUUGGCAUCUGCUAAAUUCCAGUAAGACUGUCCCAGGGGUUUCCAUUGGAGGUGCCCCUUCUGUGACAAGUUAGAAAUGGUCCCUAGUGGAAUGAUAAAAGGAUUUUUUUUGUAAUCUAAAUCCUAAGUAUAGAUAGAAUAAGUAAUGUAUUAGAAAAAUGAUACAUUAUAUCUGUGACUUAGUCUCACCCUUAAAUAUAGGUAGAAGAAAAUGAAAAAAUAUUCUUUGAUACUGUCUUUAUUGUACUGUGUAAAGUCACACCUAAGUCUAAAUUCCAUGAGAAGCUCACUAAUCCCAAUUCUUUCCUUUUGAGGUCUCCAUGAUUCUGACUACACAUAAUAAUGAAUACAACCAAUGUAAAAACAAAAACAAAUAAUGGAAUACAGUCCUAAGGAUGUGGGUUAAAAAUCGGUUCUUUUAAAAAAUGAUAAGCCUAAAUUUAGUGUUAUGUGUUCAUACUUACCUGCUGCAGGCCACUGCCAGUUGACAGUAGCCCUUACUUGUCAUGUGCUUGGUUUUGUUACUCUUGACAGCUGUUUCCUUCACCAGAUUCACCUAGAGUGGUUGGAACAGUGGAUGUACAGGCCAAACUGAAAGUUCUUUGCAGCUACAUGCCUUCCCUGGGCUUGCUUCACUGCCCUUUUUAGUAGAAAACUUCAACUCCUUCCAGGACAAAAGAAUCCCAUCCCACCACCAAAACCAGAAUAGGCUCCCUGGGAAAUGGAGGUAAAGGCAGUCUCUUAAAACUACCAAGCCAAGGAGCAGCAGAAAUGCUAUAAGACUGGCUAUUGAGUUAUUAUUUGGGGGCAAACGCCCUUACAUCAACAACAUAUAUGAAAGCAGCCUCCAAAGAGCUUGGUGAAUACUCAAAGGAGGUCUUCAGGCUGAAUAAACUAUGUCUGGAUAAAUACCAGGUCAUGGUUCAUUGAGCAGUAGAAGCUGUGUUCACCAACAGCCAGAGCAGUAAACUCAAUCUUCCCACUGCAAUUCUUUUACGCCAGUUUGAAUAGAUCAUUCAUGGGAUUUGUUGCCUGGAGUGGGAUAAAGAAUAAACAGAUAAAUAAAUUUGAGGGAAAAAGGAGGAACGAGUAAUCUAGAGCACAGAUUGUUAAGAAUUCUCAGGAUCAGAGUUGAAGGCAGUCCUUUAAGUUGAAGGCCAUGGGCCAAUGAAUUUUUCUCCGCAACCAGUAAUUCCCUGGCCAGGUCCAAGGCAGUAAGACUCAGCUGAGUUUCUUAUUAGCAUAUUCUCCACCAGCAUUCAUUGUGUAAUAGUCUCCAUAUAGUUAGAUUGUGCUUUGCAAUAUUUUGUUGUUGCUCUAUCUUAUUGUGUAUGCAUUGAGUAUUGACCUGUAUGUUUUGGUUAUUAAAUAUUAAAAA